CCCGGUGCCGCUGGAGCAGUGAUGAGCGGUGAUGUUCCCGUUGCCGAGGGGCCGCUCCCGUUGCCAGGCUGGCAGCAGUUCUGUGAGCUCCACGCCCGGGCUGCCGCGGCGCAGUUUGCCAGGAGUUUCCGGCUGUUCGUGAGCGAGAACCCGCGGUACGAGAGCGUGGGCGCCGAGACCAGCUUCUGCCAGCACUUUGUCGCUCACUUCCUCCGCUCCUUCGCCGUGGAGAUCAGCUGCCUGCCCGUCCCGGGCUCCCCUUCCAAUCCCAGCCCUGCCACGCGGGAGCCGCUGCGGAGAGACAUGUCGGACUCGCUGGAGAGCGUGGAGCCGGCGCUCGGCCAAGCCGCCCGCCUCCGCCACAUGGCAAACCUCGGGCACUCCCGCAGCUCGGAGGACGUGUCGACGGCUCAGCCGCGCUUCAAGAAGGGUUUUUCGCUGAGGAACAUGAGCCUGUGCGUGGUGGACGGGGUCAGGGACAUGCUGCAGUGGGGAGGGGCCUCGGGGGAGCCCCUGCUGGACGCCCCCCAGGGUCACGGCCCGGACCCUGGGGACAAGAGCGAGGGUGAGAAGUGGAGCCACAGACUGCGCCUGACCAAGGCCUCGUCCCCCCGCGUCCAGCUGCUGGACAUCCAGCGUGAGGGCACCCUGCGCUACACCAUGGCCGACGAUGCCAACAGCGCCAACCAGUGGCACAAGUGCCGCCUACUGCUGAGGAAAGCCGCCAACCUACAGGGAGAGCGCUUCCUGCUCGAGUUCUACUCCCCUCCCAAGUCCAGUAAACCACGUGUGAGCGUUCCUCUGUCGGCCAUUGUGGAGGUCAGGACAACAAUGCCCCUGGAGAUGCCGGACAAGGACAACACAUUUGUGCUGAAGGUGGGUGAUGGAGCGGAGUAUAUCCUGGAGACACUGGAUUCUCUACAGAAACACUCAUGGGUGGCUGACAUCCAGGGCUGCCGGGACCCCGGUGAGAGCGAAGAUGACCAGGAGCUUUCCCUCUCGCUCCCCUCCUGUCCGCUUCCCACUGCGGCCGCCAGCGGGGGAGACACUUCCUCUGACGGUGGGAGCCGAGUCCCUGACGGUUUGUGCACGAAUCCCGACACGGCUUCGCUCGGGCUCGGUAGAGCCAAGGAAUCUCCAAAGAUCCAUCCCCCGGCUCACAUCCCCCUGGAGAGCUUCCUGCAGACCCUGCCCGCCGAGCCCUCCGACACCACAGCCCCCACAGGUGAAGAGGAGGAGCCGGUAUUGGCAGUUCCGCCCCCGCUCACCGGCUUCCCCUGGUUCCACGGCACGUUGCCGCGGGUGGGGGCGGCUCAGCUGGUGUUGGCCGGGGGAGGGCGGAGCCACGGCCUCUUCCUGAUCCGGCAAAGCCAGACCCGUCCCCGAGAGUACGUGCUGACCUUCAACUUCCACGGCAAAGCCAAGCACCUGCGGCUGUCUGUGAGUGAGAGUGGGCAGUGCCAUGUGCAGCACCUCUGGUUCCACACGGUGUUGGACAUGCUGAGGCACUUCCACAUCCACCCCAUCCCCCUGGAGUCCGGAGGUUCCGCAGACAUCACCCUCCUCAGCUACGUCCUGGCCGCACAGCCCCCGCCAGCGACAGAGACAAGUGGCUCGCAGACCCCCCCGGACACUGCCAUCUCCCAGCUGAGCUGCCAGAGCGAACCCCAGCCCCCCGGCCACAGCGAGGGGGGGUCUCCCUCGGCCGUGGGGCAGCAGCACCGCCCCGAGGUGGGGGCGGGUAUCCCGCGGAGCGGCAGCUCCGAACGCUUGCUGCAGCCCCCCCUCAACCCUGCCUCCGAGGACUACCAUGACAGCGAAGCCCCCAGGAACCAUAUCAGAGCCGUGGAGAAUCAGUAUUCAUUCUACUGAAAGAGAGACAGAGAGAGAGGGGGUGGGAGAGUGAGACACAG